CGUACGCACAAGUUCGGUUGGGAUUUUGGAAAGCGGCGUGAACUCAAUUCCAAAUCUGUGCUGUGCUCUGCGCCAGUGGACACAGGCAGUUACUAUUACAAAUAUUAUUGGUGCUUGUAACAUUGUUGGCUAGUGGUGGAACGGCAGCUGUUGCAAGCGUUUUUUUUGAAUAGCUGCUUACUGAAGUCUUUCGAAAACGCAGUAACGCAAUCACUCCGAUUUCUUACUGAAAUGCGCUACGCUUUUUUUGUUGUUUCUAAUCCCAACCGCUAUUCGCUUGAAACGGGAAACCGAAAAUGGAGCGAAGCAGUCAAAGUGCUGCUGAAAAAUGAAAGUACAUAAAUUAAACUCAAAGUAGCCGCCCAAAAACGCAACGAACGCCCCGAAAAGGCGAACAAUAAACUAACAAAAACACCAAAUACAACAAAAACAACAAAAAACCGAAAUCACAACAACAAAAAUAGCGCAACAACAAAGUCGAGUGAUAGCAAAAACAUAGCACAGCUUAGUGCAGACUCAAAUAUAGCAGUGAAGUGCAGAUCUUAUUUCAGCGUUGCAUACAUUUGGGCGGUAACGCGUGCCAACUUACUCGCUUAACGGAAAAAGUGCUGAAAAAAGUCGAGAAAUAAAAUACGGAAAAUUAUAAAAAAAUCUACGAAGUGCAAUCGCUGCAAAUUUCGUACAAACGCGGAGUGUGCAGCAAAAACAAAAACAAAAACGAAAACGAAAAGUGGCAGCCGAAAGAAGUGCAACGCUGCCAAAGAAGACGUGGCGUAUUAGUAAUGUUUUGUGUCAGCUGCAGCAACAACAAAUACAACAACAAAACCUAGUGAGCACUGUCCAUUCAGUGUUCCGAAUCGGCUGUGUGUGCCAGAAGUAGAGCAAAGUGCACAAAAGCUUUGUCAGUGGGGAGUCUGCCAACAGACUUCAUAAUCAGCAUCAUCAUAACCGGUAACAAGAACAGCAGCAACAGCAACAACAAGUACAACAAGUGCAACAAAAGCAACGGCAGUUGUGUUGAACGUGCUAGCCGGCUGGCCAUUUAAGCAUAGCCUCGCCACAACUUUAAAUAACCGUUAUUCGUCUUGAAUUUUUUGCAGCUGCUUUAAACUCUCUCCGUCACACACCGCUCCUCGCACUUCCUGCACUGGUCAACAUCAACACGAGCCUGCAAUACUCUCUAGCUCCAGCAAACGGUUCGCCUUCGUUGCUAUCUGCCAGUCGGUUUGAGGAACGACCAUAAAUUAAACAACCAAACCAAUGGCAACACAACAACAGCGAUGCUAGUCUUUCAAACACCGCAAAAGCCAAACGCCGAAUUUAGAACAACUUCAAACGAAAUUAUACAACUAAAUUCUUGCUGUUCAAAUUGAAAAACUUUGAACUAAAAUUCUAACCGCAAAAAAUCACUUUUAUGCCUACGAAUCAUAAAAAGUGAACAUAUUUCAUUAAAAUUCUAGCUGUGUAAAGAGCAAACACAUAUACGACAUUAUAAAAAGCCAACAAAAGCAACAACUAUGCAGCUUCGUAGAUUAGUGCAGCACAACUCGCACAGUAGAACGAUUAGAGGCAGUCGGUGAAGCGCACAUGCUUUAUUAGUCCAAAACUAAAUUUAAAUCAAAUAGAUAUAUAAAUAUUAUUAUUAUUAAGUAGAAGCAGCAUUAGCAUACAUAGACAUAUAUAUAUAAACGAUACACACACAUACUUAAAGCAAACUGCAUAGAUAAAGUAAUUGUAAUCAGAGCAUUAAGUAAUUAAAGCAAAAGGGCCAAUUCGAGCGCUAACUAGUACGCAAAAUACUUUACAAAUACAUACAUACAUAUACAAAUAUAAAUAGCAACAAAGCACGAGCUUCCUAGUAGAGACCUCAGCAAUUAGGAAAAUAUGAAAAGCGAAAAUUAACACACAACAAAAAGCGUAAAACUAUUCAAGCAACAACAAAGUACACACACAUUCAUUGCGUCACACGCAGUUUUGUACAUAAAUCGAAAGAAAGAAAGCUGAAAUCCGGCAGCUGCAAGGCACCAUACAAGCACAGAGUCGCAUUGCAAAACAUAGCAUAUUUACAUAGAAAGUAAGAGCCAUCAGCUUGUAAGAUAAACUCACGUACUCACGAAAUCACACGCUUCAAUUGAGCCGGUGGGCGCACGCUUAAUUUAGAAAGGAGUAGCAACGCAAUCAUCAACUGCAAAGCUUAAGUGAGCAGUCGCGCACAGCAUCAGCAAUUGCCGACACGCCUACAAACCACCCACACAAACACAGCCACGCAAGCGUUAUAGAACACACACUCGCUAAAGUCCAAAGCAACCGUCCAAUUUGCGAGCCACAACGGUGACAACGAAAACACAAACCACCAAACGACGGUUGAACAGUUGCUGUUGUAGAGUUGACACGGUCGACUGCGAGAGCUUUACGCAGCAUUACUUUACUUAUGGCAAAAGAACGCGUACGCAGCGUUUAAAAUUUGCAAAGGAAACUUGAAACACCCAUACACUAACGAAAGAAGAAGAAGAGCACACGAGCAGCGAACAUGGCGCUAAUAUUGUUAAACAGACAGCGGUCCAGUCGCGAUCGCACACAAUUGGCGAUCUUCUGUCUGCUCUUGGUGUGCACAACAACGCUUAGACUUGUCCACGGCGCUGAGACGCCGAACAACGGUAGCAGCAAUAAUUUGGCUGCCGUUGGCAACAAACCAAAUGAUGAUAAAGUGACUCGUAGUACGGACGUGGCGGGGGCCAACUCGGACGUGAGUGCUGUUGCUAAAGCCGGCGGUGCCGGUAGUGGUGGUGGAGGCGACGCGGCGGACGUUGGCGGUGACACACCGAAGGCAAAUCAGAAUAAUAAUGCUGGUGCUACAAGUAGCAAUGAUAAUAAUGGUGUUGUUGAUGGUGUUGGUAAUGAUGAUGGUGAUGAUGAUGAUGAUGGCAAAGCUGAUGAUGCUAAUGGUGGCGAUAAUGUCACCGCCUUGCCGCAGCACAGCGGCAGUUCAUUGCAAUGCAAAGACGGUCUGUUGCUUAAAGUUUGGAUGCCAAUUGACAAUGUGAGUACCGGUGAUCGCGUUGCGCGGGGCCUUGUGUACUUCCUGGCGAUGUCGUAUUUGUUCAUUGGCGUUUCAAUUGUGUCAGAUCGUUUUAUGGCGGCGAUUGAAGUGAUCACGUCCAAGGAGAAGGAGGUGGUUAUCAAGAAGAAGGGCGGCGAAACACAGGUGGUAGUGGUGCGCGUCUGGAAUGAGACGGUCGCCAAUUUGACGCUGAUGGCGUUGGGUUCCAGUGCACCGGAGAUACUCUUGUCCGUUAUUGAAAUGUUUCAGAAGGGUUUCGAAGCUGGCGAUUUGGGUCCGGGCACAAUUGUCGGCUCAGCCGCAUAUAAUUUAUUUGUCAUAAUAGCCCUUUGUAUUGCUGUCAUACCGAAUGGUCAAGUGCGCAAGAUCAAACAUCUACGGGUAUUCAUUGUAACGGCCGCUUGGUCUCUGUUUGCCUACGUUUGGUUGUACUUGAUCUUGGCGCAGAUUUCACCGGGGCGCGUCGAAGUCUGGGAGGGUCUAUUGACAUUUAUUUUCUUCCCCACUACCGUCCUGACGGCUUAUAUAGCCGACAGACGUUUGUUGAUUUAUAAAUAUCUGGACAAGAACUAUCGCAUGAAUAAGCGUGGCGUUAUUGUGAGCGCCGAGGGCGACGCCGUACUCGAGAUGAAUCGUCACGAGAGCAUCAAGGAGCUGGCCGAAAACGAAGAGAUGAAAGACUUCGAGGAUGCACGACGUGAAUACAUUUCAACGCUGAAAGAACUGCGUAAGAAGUACCCACAAAGCGAUCUGGAGCAAUUAGAAAUGAUGGCACAGGAGCAAUUGAUUAAUCGAGGCCCCAAAUCACGCGCUUUCUAUCGCAUACAAGCCACCCGCAAGAUGAUGGGCAGCGGCAAUAUAAUGCGCAAAGUGCAGGAGCGUGCUCUCACCGAUCUCAAUGAGGUGAAAGCACAGCUGCAGCGCGUCGAAGUGGAGGCCGAAGACGAUGAUACGACGGUACGCAUCUGCUUCGAGCCCGGCCACUACACUGUCAUGGAGAGUUGUGGUGAAUUUGAAUUGCGCGUUGUGCGUCGCGGUGAUUUAUCCGGUUAUACGACCGUCGACUAUCAAACGGAAGAUGGUUCCGCCGAAGCCGGUAGCGAUUAUAUUGGUAAGAAAGGUGUACUCACCUUUCCGCCGGGUGUCGAUGAGCAACGCUUCAAAAUCGAAGUUAUCGACGAUGAUGUUUUCGAGCAAGACGAACAUUUUUAUGUGCGUUUAAGUAAUCCGUCGGAUCCGGCUAUACUGGCUGUGCCCAAAGUGGCCACUGUUAUGAUACUCGACGAUGAUCAUGCGGGCAUAUUUGCCUUCAAUCAGAAGACGCAUGAUUUUGCUGAAUCUAUUGGUACAUACGAUUUGAAGGUGCAACGUUAUUCGGGUGCUCGCGGCAAGGUGAUCAUACCGUUUUGGACAGAGGACGGUACUGGCAAGGCGGGCAAGGACUACGAACCAGUGCAGGGAGAGUUGGUGUUCGAAAAUAACGAAACUGAAAAAUUCAUUCCGCUGGGAAUCAUUGAGGAAGGCAGCUAUGAAAAGGAUGUGCUAUUCUACGUCAACAUCGGCGAACCCAUCAUUGCGCCAGAUAAUAGCAUUAAAACGGAAGCACUUAAAUUUCUAAACAAGUUUCUCGAUGAUGAAAUGGUAGGACUUAUUGAGGCCGCCGAGAAGAAGGCACCGGAGGAACUAACGGAGGAGGACAAAAUGGCCUUGCUGGGUCGUCCCAAGUUGGGCGAGGUGGUGCGUGCCGAGCUGCGCAUCAAGGAGAGCAAAGAAUUUAAGAACACUGUGGAUAAAUUGGUGCAAAGGGCGAAUGCGUCACUGCUGAUUGGCACAUCGUCGUGGAAGGAACAGUUUGCGGAUGCGUUGACGGUAACUGCUGGCGAUGAUGAUGGCAAUGGCGAUGGCGGUGAGGAUGAUGGGCCUUCAUCGCCUUCAUGUUUCGAUUACAUAUUACAUUUCCUAACGCUCUUCUGGAAAAUCUUAUUCGCAUUCAUACCGCCAACAGAUAUUGCCAACGGUUAUUUGUGCUUUGUUGUUUCGAUAUGUGGCAUCGGCAUGGUGACAGCACUAAUUGGUGAUGUGGCAUCACAUUUCGGUUGCACGCUCGGCGUUAAGGAUGCGGUAACGGCGAUUUGUUUUGUAGCGCUCGGCACCAGUUUGCCAGACACAUUCGCCAGCAAAGUGGCCGCCAUACAGGAUAAGACGGCCGAUGCGAGUAUCGGCAAUGUGACGGGUAGUAACGCAGUGAAUGUCUUCCUUGGUAUCGGUGUAGCGUGGACCAUGGCCGCUAUAUACCAUGAAUCGCACGGAAGGGCCUUCGAAGUGGAGGCGGGCACCUUGGCUUUCUCGGUGACACUUUUCUUAUCGGGAGCCUUGAUUGCCGUUUUCCUGAUAAUGUAUCGACGUAAGAAAUCCAUUGGCGGCGAAUUGGGCGGCCCGUCACCACAAAAAUACAUACACAGCGCCAUUUUCUUCAGUCUGUGGUUGAUCUACCUAAUAAUGAGCACUUUGGAAGCGUACGAAGUCAUCCAAGGAUUCUAAAGGAGCACAAAACACAACAGCCACAGAGAGUAUGGAUACAACUACUACAUACAUACUUACAUGCAAACUUACCUACUUACUAUCUUCUUAAUAGCCAAAAGCAAAAACUAAAUUAAUUAACAUACACACACACACACACCCAUACAAGCAUAUAAAAAUACAAAUUUAGAGGCAUACAAAAUACAAUAAGCCUACCUACAUACAUACAUACAUGCGAUACUAAUGCAUUAGGUACAGUUUAAAGUGCAUAAAGGACAUGAGUUAAGGGAAAGGAAGAAACGGAAAUGCUUGCGAAUAACAAAAAAAUCAUAAGUGCAAAAGUAUUUUACAGUAUGCUACAAAAAAAUUUAAUAAGAAAUGUGUUUGAUAAAAAAUUAUGCAAAUAUAACAACAAUUCGCACUGACCUUCAUUAAUACUUAUAAAAAGGAAACAGUUUAAGAAACUAUAAAUUUGUACUAGAAGUCUCAUCAGGGGUUGAUAGCUCAGCUAAAACGAUUUUUUAAAUAUCGGUGCUAGUGGCUGUUUAAGAGUUAAGUUCUCUACUUAUCCUAUUGCUUUAAAGCACCGAAACACUACACGAAAUACUAACGAAUGAGCAGCUCUUGAAUUUAUUUUGAGAGGUGCUUCUGAAGAAUCUCCAUAUUCUUACUACUUUGGCAAACCUUCGAGAAAUUUUGACUAAAACUCUCAUACUGCAUUAAAAAACUGAGUAUAAAAGAGUGAUGUAAUGUGAAAGGUUUACUAUGGCAGAGAUGUCAAUUAAGGAGAAGAUGUUGUGAGUAGACAAUUUGAAAGAGAACUGAUCAUACAUGAUACAUAACUAAGUAAAUAUAUAUGUAUACUAAUUCAAAAGCAUCGGAAGUGAGGUAGAAACGAACUUAACUCGUAAAUCCAAGCGCCGCAAUUAAACCCGUUAAUAGUAGUUUUGACACCCUUGAGAAUAUCUCCACGAUUUUUUUUGGAACGCGUGGGCACCAAAAUGAAGUAACAACACAAUUGGGUUCUGUUGUAGAAUCGGUCCUCUACUAACUUAUGCCUCCAUCCUUCUAGCGUAUAUGAGCUUAACUAUGCGACGGCUUUAGGAACAACAAAACAGGUCUUCCAUUUAAACGAUAAUCCUUUGUUUGUUGUCAGUUCGAUAUCCGGUAGCAGCACGCAAGUUUUGAAAUCUAGCACGAAGUUAAGCUUCUUUUAUGACUCGAAAGUGUUUUUAAUAUGAUGAUAAACGUGCUGGAGGGAAGUUCAAACCAGCUGAGGUGCUUAGUUUUGAGCCGAUCUCGACGAUGGAGCAACAUUUUAAAAGGUACAUAUUUUCAUUUAGGCCGUAAAAUUCUAACUGGUAGUUAAGCUUAUAACGGAACUUUGAUAAAAUGUUAAUUUAUGAUAGUUUUUUUUGGGCUGAGACUGUCAACUUUUGUGAGCAAAAAACACUCGCACAUAAAACCACUUUUCUAAAUAAAAUGUCUAAACCCAAAUCUCUUGAAAUAAUCGAAAAAGCAAGAACUAACUAAAGCUAAUAAAAAGGUCCAAUAUGGAUUGAAAAACAGAGAAAAGCAAGCACUUGCUAAAGGUUUUUAUUAGCUUAGGAUAAUCUGGCUU